AUGGCGAACGAUGAGAAGCCUCUGAUCUCCAAGAACGUUCUUUACGCAGGAGAAGGUGAAAUACCAUCGUUUGAAAAUGGAUCAAAGGCGACUUUUCAUUUUAAAACGUUCAAAAACGAUGAAGAUAAGACACAAAUAGACUGCAGUCGAGAUCUUGGGCAGCCUUUUGAGCUCCUCAUUGGGAAGAAGUUCAAGCUGGAAGUUUGGGAGGAGCUCAUAAAAACCAUGAGGGAAAAAGAAGUCGCUCGUUUUAUUUGUGAGAAAUCGCUUGUAGGGGGCUAUCCUAUAGUUGCCAAGAGUCUGCGCACACUUGCAAUGAAGGCAAAAGGAGAGAUAAAAGAGAAACAUGAUCAUCAUGAACAUUCUUGUAGUUUAUCUGCCAUGAAAUCAACUGGAUAUCCUGACUUGGAUGACUUGAUGGUCAAUGAACAAGAUCUUAUCUUUGAAAUUGAACUUUUGAAAUAUGAGAAACCUGGUGAAUACCGAAAAGAAACAUGGCAGAUGGAUGCUGAAGAAAAAUUGUCCAAUGUACCAGGGUUAAAGGAAAUUGGAAACAAAUUAUAUCAACAGAAAAAGUACAAAGAAGCAGCAGAAAAGUAUGCAGAGGCUCUGGGAUGUCUAGAGCAGCUCUGCCUGCGUGAAAAACCAGGUGAUGAACCUUGGCUCGAGCUUGACAGAAUGAAGAUCCCUUUCUUGUUAAAUUAUGCACAGUGCAAGCUCUUUCUUGGGGAUUACUAUGAAGUUAUUGAGCACACAUCCACAGUACUUGAUAAGGAUAAAGACAAUGUUAAGGCUUUAUAUCGACGCGCUAAAGCUCAUGUAAAAUGCUGGAAUCCUCAGGAAGCCAAGGAAGAUUUCAACAGGGCAGCUGCUCUUGACCCAUCUCUGACAAAAACAGUGAAGAAAGAACUUGAUGAACUUGAAAAACUUAUUAAAGAACAUAAUGCAGACGAUAAAGAGAAACUGAAGGCACUUUUUAAGUAACUCUUUGAAAAUCUGUGUUAUGUCAGGUGUUUUGUCAAAGAAGAAAGCUUUUUCAAGCAAAUUAAAUGUCAGCAAAUAAUUAUUGUGUACCUUUGAAUUUCAGGCUGAUUUGACAUUGGCAUUGGAACAUUUUUAAAUGUUAAAAAACUUGAUUUGUGUAAAUAUUUCUUUAUUUAUUAACUAUCCAUAACAACUCAAAAAUGUGUCUCAAUUCAGAAAUGUCAGAGAUACUAAACAUAUGCCGUUAAGAUAAACUGAUACAAUGAUGUAACUCAUUUGUAAUCUGAAUUCAUCUAUUUUGCUAUCAUAACAAUAAUUAAGCUCAGACUUUACUGCAAGAAAACAAAAGGAAAGAAUAAAAAAUAUUUAUUACCA